AUGGAAGAAGAAGAUACGUACUUACCAGAAAACCACCCAUUACAACAAUACUUUCGAGAAAUCGGAGUUCCGGAUGUUGCUACUUGUGAAAUCUCCAAAAGGCCUACUAUCACUACCACUACUACCUUUCUGAUGAAAAAGUUUGCGUAUAUCUUAUCGUACUUCAAAUGCAUAAAUCCUUUUGAUUUUACAUUAUAUUUCGGUCUCGAUUUACCACUUACAAGAUAUCUUUUACUUCAGAUAAUUAGCCUAAUAAAGUACAGUGAUCUAAUUACUGUUGAGAAUAAACCAGUGGUUGAAUACAUAUACUCGGUGGGAAAUAACGACCAAGUCGACUCAAGAUGUUGUCUUGCGAUGUUUUCAACUCUUUUUGGAUUCGGAUUGAUUUACUCUACUCAAAUGAUUUUUAUAUUCUUACUCGUUAUUUUAUGUUUACGGAUGUUCAAUGUACUAUUUUUAAUGGUAUCUAAAUAUCAUCUUGCAGACUCAUUGAAGCAAAUGAAAAAAUUCUCUCACAGAUCCCAUCUUAUCGUUCUUUUCUUACAAGAUCUCAAUACCCGCCGUUAUUUCGGUCCCAAAAUUGUAGAUAAAAGUACAUUUAAAAUUUUCCCACUAAUAUACCAUCAGGCGUACAACUUUAUGCGCGCUUACCUUAUAGAAUUGAUUGAUUUUUCUGUUAAAUUGGGAAACUUAAUUGAUGAAAAUAAUUCUGAGAUACCAUUGGAGAUGUCAACUUCAGAACUGAUUCAAUUAAAAUGUGACAUAGAAGAAAAGCCUAAAGACCCAAGCAUCGAAAAUCUACGAAUGUUUUGUGAACUGUUAAAACUGUUAACAUCUGAUCUCUUAGUCAAAUUGUCAUUCUCGUUUUGCCAAUCAAGACGGGAUACUUUUCACCUAUUACGAUUGAUUAUGUCGGUAUGGAAAUGGGACUACUUUUUGACUAGAAUAAAGAAUGAAUUCAAUAAACUGAAUGAAUUGCAUUCAAUGAUUUUAAAUGGCAAGCUCAUACAUAAUGAUGCUCGAACUACAAAAGAAUGUGCUCGAAUAACUCACGAAUUAUUGCUGCAUCUUCUUGUUUCAUUGGAACAUGCCAACAAUUUGAAGUCCUAUUCUCAUACGUUGUCAAUUGAAUGCAUCCCUGAUUUUUUGAAUGAAUUGGAUAAUGCUCAAACUGCAGACAAUGUUGAUAUUUCAAAAGAAAAUAUAGAAACUACUGUUGACUUCCUAUAUUGCCGAGAUGGGAUUUCAUCUAGUAAAGAUGUUCUGAAAGCUGUGGAUCCAAUUGUAGAGGAUGAUGUAUUAGAAGAUAUAGCUGUUGGAGACUCCUCUAGUCGUGAAUCUGAAGCGGAGUACGAAAAUGUUGAUUGCGUGAAUUCGCUAAAGAACCCAUCAUCAGGUAUGCAUGUCACUGUACUGAAAGAACUUAAAAAUGUAAUAUCUCACCGUCGAGUGAUUAUGCAGGAGCGUGAAGAAUGUGCUUUAAAACGACGAUUGCAGAUAGAGUGUCCUGAUAACGAAAAGCCGAGUCUAUCUACUAACAGGGUCAGCCUAAGUUCUGAAAAGCAGCUUCAAACUCAGUUUGCAUUAUCCAAUUCACUUGAUACAAAUGAAAGCAACUGUGCUUCUAUGGAUGAUAAACUACUAGAAUUUUUCCAAACUCCUUUGUGUAAUUCAUCAUGCGAAUAUUUCAAAAAGUCCCGUACUAGGCGUCGAAAUUUAAAAUGUAAUGUUUUAAAAAGAAACUCAAUCUUUUUUCAGCUGUCAUCUACUAAUGUACAUGAAAAUUAUAGAAGUUCAAAUUGUUCUGACCCAAUUGUAUUGAAAAAUGUUUCACAGUCAAAAAACCCACCAGAUAAUAAGUUUCUACAAUCUUCUGCACUAGCGAAUGCUUUAAUGAAUCAACGUAAAUUGUUGGGGUUAGCCACAGAGGAUUUUUUUACCGGAAUUGGUUCAGGUGAAAUGUGUGUUGAAAUGUCAGAAGAGAAUCAUACAGGGAUUUCAUCAUAAUCACUGAGUUUUUCUUCACAAUUAUCAUCAUGUAGUAAUAGACAUUGUAUAUUAUUCAUUUUGUUAUUUUUCUGUGUAACUCUUCUGACACUUGAGAGUACAGUCGCAUUGUAUUUUGUUAAAACUGAAAUAUACGUCUAGAUACGUGGUAUGAGUACGUAAUAGAUACUAUUGAAUGCAUGUUCGAGGAUUCAAUGUUGUAAUUGGGUAAUAUAGAUUUUUACCCUUUGAAUUUCGUACGUAUUACCGAACGGAAAUCUGAUUUGUUUUGAAGUAUCUUCUUUGCUUCUUGAUCGCACUUGCGACGUUUAUGUCCUAACACGAUCAAGUGAAGUAACGGCAGAAUAAUUCUCCCGAAUUUAUGAUGAAGUUUGUCUUUUGAAUACCAAACUAGCUGGAGUCUAGCAUAUUGUUAUUAGUUUAUUCUUCUGUUGUGAUAAGGGUCUCUUGAAGAUGUGUCCUAUAGCUCGAUUCAAUCACUGAUUGCAAACUUGACGCCUGACUAACCUGCGAUGAUAAAGAGAAUCAAGACUACGUGUGAUCUUCACUGCUAAAAGCUGAAUAAUUUGCUCAAAAUUUAUGGAAAAAUGUAGGUUACGUGUGAUACGUUUGCAGGAUAGCAGCGAUUUCUCUAACGGUGACUCUGAUACUAUAUACAACGGUUCUGUUCUCUUUCAGCCCCACCUACUCCGACUGGCAAAUCUUAGACCGAAGAAGGGAGAUAUGUAUCCAUAGUAAUUCAAUUGCACAUCGAUUGAUUUUGAUGGUUAUUAAUUGCGGAACUUAAGGUCUUG